UCUCUCUUUCUCUCUCUCUCUCUCUCUCUCUCUCCCUCCCCCUUCGGUUAUUGUCAAUCUCUCUUCGCUUUUCCGUCGCCGCCGUUGCCGUCGCAGCCGAGCCGCCACGCCAGGAGGCACAAGUAGAGAGAGAGGGAGAUCAAUUGACCACGAGUGCAACGAGAGGAAAAUUGAAAAGAUAAACGAGAGAAUUGGAAAUUAUACUGUGUGCUAACUCAAGACUCUGAGAGAUAGGGUGUGUCGGUUUUGGCAAAGGGGUAGCAAGGGACUCCUAAUUUGUCAUCAAGGGAGGUUGUUGUUGAUUGAUCAAGGUUGUCUUUUGCAAUCAUGGCGAACAGGCUUAUGUUUGAGAACUCAUGUGAAAUUGGGGUUUUCUCCAAACUCACUAAUGCGUACUGUUUGGUUGCAAUUGGUGGCUCUGAGAACUUCUACAGUUCCUUCGAAGCUGAAUUAGCUGUUGUCAUUCCGGUUGUUAAAACAUCCAUUGACGGCACUCGCAUUAUUGGCCGUCUAUGUGCUGGAAACAAAAAUGGGCUCCUUGUACCCCACACCACUACUGACCAAGAACUUCAGCACUUGAGAAACAGCCUACCUGACCAAGUUGUUGUUCAACGUAUACAAGAGAGACUGUCUGCUCUGGGGAAUACAAUUGCUUGUAAUGAUCAUGUUGCUCUCACACAUACUGAUCUUGACCGGGAAACUGAAGAGCUCAUUGCUGAUGUUCUUGGAGUAGAGGUGUUUAGGCAGACAGUUGCUGGUAAUGUUCUCGUGGGAAGCUACUGUAGCUUCACGAAUAGGGGUGGCUUGGUUCAUCCACAUACGUCUAUUGAAGAUUUGGACGAACUAUCGACUCUUCUUCAGGUCCCGUUGGUUGCUGGAACUGUGAAUCGUGGAAGUGAAGUGAUUGCUGCUGGAUUGAUUGUCAAUGACUGGACUGCAUUCUGUGGUUCAGACACAACUGCCACAGAAUUAUCGGUCGUCGAAAGCGUUUUCAAAUUGAGAGAGGCUCAACCAAGCUCCAUUGUUGACGAGAUGAGGAAGUCGCUAAUAGACAGUUAUGUGUGAAAGUUAGUUAUAUCUUCUGCUACACCUGAGAUGUUGCAGAAGCACGUAAGUUAUUAAUUGUUAUUACUAUUAUCUCUUUUCCUUCUGUCAUAUUUAACAACUUUGUAAUUAUGAAAUUUGACUCUGCAUUUAUAGCUUGUUUUAUUCGAAAUUGGGAAACCAUAUUUUGCUAUUAUGAACGUGUUACUUUUUUGUAUA